CCUGUGAUCCACAGUCGUCACAUUUAAUUAUUCUUCCCACCCUUCUCACUCCACCUUUAAAAUUACAAUACACAGUAAAACAACAAAAUGGCCACCGCGAAUAUGAUUCUCAAGAUCAAGCUGCUGCUUCUCUCUCUCUUUCAUCUCCGAUCCCAACCCAGUCCGCCCUUUCUGCUGAAACGCUACUCGUAUAAAGAUAUAAAGAAGGCGACAGAUGGAUUUAGGAGAGUUGUCGAUAACUCCUCUCAAGAGGUCUUAUAAGGCCAAGUUUCUAAAUGGGCGUGUUGGAGUAGUGAGAGAGGUCAAGUUAUUGGAUGAUGACCAACUUUCCUUUUCAUAUGAAGUCCAACUCUUGGGGCGUCUGCAUCACCGCCACAUUCUCGCGCUUUAUGGCUUUUCGACUGGACCUAAGCGGUUCCUAGUGUUCGAAAACAUAGAAAGUGGAAGCUUAAAGGAGCACCUCUCUGAUCCAUUGAAGACUCCCUUGAACUGGCGAACGAGGCUCAAAAUAGCGGUUGGCAUAGCUGCUGCUGUGGAAUAUCUGCAAUUUUUCUGUGAUCCACCAGUUUAUCGCGUCUCUAUAAGCUCAAGCACCAUAAUGUUGGAUGAAAAUUUCACACCAAAGAUCUCAGACAUUAGCCUAUCCAGUGCUGCUGAAAAUCCGACCUCUUCCCGUGGUCCAGAAGAGUGUAGAGACGAGUGCUGCAGAAACGUCAUCUUCCAACUCGGGCUGGUGAUCCUGGAGCUCAUCACGGGCCAGUCAUCAGAUAAGGGUGGUGUUGAUUUGGCACAGUGGGUUCAAGAACCGUGUUUCUUGAGUUCGAUACACAAAAUGAUAGAUCCUGAUCUUGGUAAUAGCUAUGAUGCAAGAGAGCUCAAUGGCCUUCUCAAUGUUGCAAGAUUGUGCAUAAGAUCUAUAGAUGAGACUAGAAUAUACACCCCUCAAAUUUUGUGGUAUUUGCAGAAAAAGAUAGGCAUCACAAGAAAAUGAAAGCAUGUGAUUUAGUUUAGCAUGCCAUAUUCAUUUUUUUACAUUGUAAACUUUUUUCUUUAUAUUCCUAGGCUAUAUACUAUCGCUCACCACUCUUCAAACUAGACUGUCAACAUUUUGUAUACACCCUUUGUAGUUUGUACUUCAUCCGUUCCUUGUUAAUAGAAAUAUUUCUUUUUA